UGAAAUAGGCAUUAUGUUACAGUAAAUCAGGCAAAGCUCCAUGCUGCUUCCAAAUUUCUGCUUACCAGUCUACUGCUUGAGCAAUGGAGGAGGGCAAUGGAGAAUGGCUGCCAUUUAUAGAUAUAGGACCCUGCGAUUCUUAUCAAAUGGGUUUUGUAAUUGGACAAAGAUUUGCUCAUUUGAUAGAGAGCAGAGUUUCUAAGGAUAAGGCUUUGCAAGAAGAGAUGCUCCCUUUUGCCAAAUCUGCUGACGGGCAUUCUCUUAUUGAAUCCCUUUCAACUAAUAAUAGGAACAAAUAUCCAAGAUACUGGAAUGAAUUGCGUGGGACCGCAGAAGGCAGUGGUGUGCCAUUUCUCCAAGUAUUGUUACUAAACUUCAGGAAGGAGAUAGCCCCCUUUCUACCAGAAAAGAUACCAGCUUCAGAAUUGGCAAAUGCUGAAGAGUGCUCAGACAAUCUUGUCCUUAAUAGCUCCACAGCACUUGUUGUGCAUAAUGAGGAUGCAAGCAUAUCUGUGAUAGGUCAUGUGUAUUUGGUAAAAGCAACUCUUCAAAGUGGAGCUUCAUUCACAGCAUACACAUAUGCUGGUGAGCUUCCUAGCUGUGCGUUUGGGUUUAAUAGUCAUGGGGUGGCUUUUACAUUGAAUGCUGUUCCUCCAACUAAGGAGGAGGUUGAAAUUGGGGGCAUUGGGAGAAAUUUUAUUUCUCGUGAUUUACUUGAAGCGGUCAGCAUUGAAGAUGCAUUAAAACGUGUUCACUUGCCAAAUAUUUCAGUCGGACAUAGCUAUAAUCUGAUUGAUGUUAGACAGCGUAGAAUCUUGAAUGUUGAAACUGCAUCAAAAAAUCGAAUUUCAGUGCUGGAAGUAGGCUCAAUUCCAUUCUUCCAUGCAAACAUGUAUUUGCACCUUAAGAUCGGGCAGGCAAAUGAUAAAAGUUCCAUAAGCAGACAGAAACGAGCAGCUGAGCUCCCAAAUUCAAGCCUAGUAGAAUCACUAUCUCUUCUUGGAGACACAAGUGAUGAGAAAAAUCCUAUUUUCAUGCAAGGACCUAUUCUUUGCACAUUGUGCACUGCUGUGAUCGAUCUGGACCAAAAAAUGUUAUCAAUUUACCGUGGGAAUCCCAAGUUGGAGAAAGUUGUAUAUCUUUUUCCUCUUACGUAGGCACAAGGCAUAUACCGAAUUAUUUUGGCAUCAAUUCAUGAAAUAAUAUUAUAAGCAGUGAUUAUUUCUGUGAACAUUUGUAACAAUCUUUAGGAUUAUAGAGUGGGGCUGAACAGUUGGGCACUUUGAGUAGAGUCCUUCAUGUCUUUGUUUUGAAUCCUGCCUAUGCAUGAUGCAUACCACCCAGAGGUCACUGUGGGGGACCGCCCUUUGAUUAAGAGCACAUAUACUCAAGGUCGCUGGGCUACCUUUGAUUUCUCUGUCUGCCGAAAAAAAAGAAUGAAAAAACGACCUACUGAAUUACAAUUUGUUGUCUUAUGGAUGUAUUUGAGGGACAAUAAGCUAAAUGGUGUUAUGGCUGUUUAACAUGUAGGUAGAUUGGCAAGUAUGGGUUUACGUCCAACCUUGGGUUACAUGGAAACAAAUCACGAUGUGGACUUAUACAAGGGGGAUCUUAUAUGCAAAAUUGGCGUUUGGUUUG